AGCCUAUAUCACACGGAAGGAAAAAAAACCGAGUCAGAACCACGAAAGCUGCUGUCGAUAAAAUUCAACUAUUAGUGCUGAACAUUGAAAAGCAAUGUUGAAGGAGUAUCUGCGUACAAAUGCGUGCUCUGCUCUUAGUGUUGUUUUGCACCGUUGCUCUGCAAUGGGAUCGUGUCAGCUGCCAGAAAUCCGUUUACCUCGUUGCUCUUGGGAAUGUCUGGAGUUCAGACAGACCUGCAGGAGUUACACUGAACCGCAAUGGAGACGAGUGUGAUGUUGUGAUGAACCUGUCUGCCAGCCAGAGAUGUGAGUUUGUGAAGAAUACCCCAGACUGUGCUUCAGAUGAAGGGUUCAUCAAAUACCCUUGGGUCACCUUUUGUCUGUUCCCACCUAAUCUGCUGCCCCUAGUCAUCACACUCUAUGUAAUCUGGCUGUUUGUUUUGUUCCUCAUUCUCGGGCUGAUUGCAUCAGACUUUUUCUGCCCAAAUCUUUCAGCCAUUUCCUCCUCACUAAGACUGACUCAUAAUGUGGCCGGAGUAACGUUCCUGGCACUUGGAAAUGGGGCUCCAGAUGUGUUCAGUGCCAUGGCUGCUUUCUCUCACCCUCAGACUGCUGGUCUUGCUGUUGGAGCAUUGUUUGGGGCAGGAAUCUUUGUUACAACAGUGGUAGCUGGGAGCAUUGCUCUGAUUAAACCUUUCACUGUUGCAUCCCGUCCAUUUCUCCGCGAUGUCAUUUUCUACAUGGCGGCUGUAUUUUGGACCUUCAAUAUCCUAUACAAAGGCCACAUUUCCAUGGGAGAAGCCGUGGGUUAUCUGGGGUUGUAUAUUGCAUAUGUUUUGACUGUGAUUGUGAGUGCAUAUGUUUACAAUCGUCAGAAGCAUCAACUAAAUGAAUCGGCACAGAGCUCAGGCAGAGAACACGAAGAGAUUCUCCCGUCUGAUUCAUUUAGAGAAACUCAGAGUGGCAGCAUACAAGCAGAUGAUGGAGAGGAGUAUGAGCCUUUGCUGCCUUACAAUCAAUCUACUGCUCAGAUCUUCCUGAAUGCUAUUAACCCAGUGGACAGCCGGACCUGGAGGAGACGGCACUGGAGUUCCAGAGUCCUCAAAGUGAUCAAGGUGCCUGUAGAAGUGCUGUUAUUGUUGACCGUUCCUGUGGUGGACACAGAUAAGGAGGAUCACAACUGGAAACGGCCUCUUAACUGUCUGCACAUAAUCACUGGGCCUCUGGUGUGUGUGCUCACAUUCCAGUCUGGAAAGUAUGGCUUAUACCUCAUUGAAGGAGAAUUUCCUGUCUGGGUGCUUACAGUCUGCAUUGGAGUCUUCCUCUCAGCCAUCGUCUUCUUCACUACCACAAAUAAUCAUCCUCCUAGAUAUCACUUUCUCUAUUCAUUGCUAGGUUUUGUGGUCAGUGCUCUGUGGAUCAGCACUGUGGCGGCUGAGAUUGUCAGUGUGCUGCAUCUGCUGGGGAUUGUUCUCAGACUCAGCAACACUGUACUGGGACUCACCUUGUUAGCCUGGGGCAACAGCAUCGGAGAUUGCUUUGCAGACAUUACUAUAGCCCGUAAGGGAUACCCACGGAUGGCCAUCUCUGCCUGUUUUGGUGGCAUUAUCUUUAAUAUGCUGUUUGGUGUAGGUCUGGGCUGCCUGCUGCAAAUGUUUCAGAAUAAUAACGUAACGCUGGAACCAGAGGGGGUGCUGUGCUGGGUUCUCUCAGGAGCGCUGGGUCUGUCUCUGGUCCUCUCCUUCAUACUGGUUCCUCUUCAGUGUUUCCAUCUGAACAGAGUCUAUGGCAUUUUUCUACUGAUCUUCUACAUUGUCUUUCUCAUCGUCGCCCUCCUCACCGAAUUUAGAAUUAUCCAAUUCUAACAUCAGCAGAAACACUAACCAGAUGGAUGCAAAUAUCUUAAGACUCUCAUAGAAAUAUAUUUAAGAAUAUAAAUAUUUUUGUAAAUGCACAUGUGUUUGAAGAUCAUGAGCCACUAAUUACUGUACAGUUAAAUUGUUUUCAAUCAACUAUAAUCUUGAAUCAUGAGAUUAAAAUGUAUUUUAUUAAACAGAACAUUUGCAAAU